AACCCUAAUAACAUGAGUCAUAUAGGAGUCCUCUGAGUAACUGUUUGAAAUUAUUACAAAGAAAUUUAUGAUCUAAAGUAAGUUUAAAAGACACAAUUAACCUCUAACAAUGGCAGAUACAAGAUUACGUCAAAUUUUCAUUAAAACCGGUGUUGUCAAGAGAUAUGCAAAGGAAAAAGUCUCAUACGAGAAAGAAGCCGAAAACGAACAAAAGAGAAUUCUAAAAUUUCGUGCAGAAAAUCGAGAUGAACACGACAUAAGAAAGCAAGAGGAAGUAAUUCAGGAAAAUCUCAUGAUGAUUCCAGAAUGUCAGCGAAGGUUGAAAACAGCUUAUGAAGAGUUAAGUGAGAUGUUGAAGAAUGAAAAAGAUCUUGAAGAAAAAGACGAGUAUAUCAAAGCAGUUGCAGCACUUAAGGAAUCUAAGUUGCAGUUGCAGUGAUUUUUUUUCUAAAUUGAUGAAAAUUUCAACUUUUCAUUGAAUUUUUAUUAUUUCUUUGCUUUAUUUUCUUUCAACUUUUAUAACUUCAUAAUAUUUACUAACGCUUCCUUUCCAUUGAUGCAAAAGCUUUAAUAAAAAGAUUAAAAUUAUA